GCUAUAUAAUGUGUGAGUGUGCAGCUCGGAGCGGCAGCUGCAGCUUCACGACGCACAUGUGCGACGGAAACCGGCAACAAGAGCGGGACAAAGCUGCGGAAUGAGAGACUGAGAGGAAGAGGAGACAAAAGACUCGGAUCUUCAUCUUGUGGACGCUGGAGGAGGACGCAGAGAGCCGCAUCACCGGGAAGUCUCGUCAAAAUGGAUCUUCACGAUAAAGAAAUCAUCCCUGGAGAGAUUCUGCCUGUGGUGGUCAUCGGUAACGGCCCGUCGGGGAUCUGUCUGUCCUACCUGUUGUCAGGUUACACCCCCUACCUGUCGCCGGAGGCAUCACACCCCAACCCGCUGCUGCACAGCAAGCUGGGGGAGCAGCCUCACCUGUCGCUGCUGGAGCAGGACCUGGAGUACCUGUGUGAGGGUCUGGAGGGCCGCUCCUCCAACCCCGUGGCCGUGCUCUUUGACUCGCUGCUGCUCCCCGACAGCGACUUCGGCCUGGACCACUCGUCUCCUCUGGACUGGAGAUACGAGCCGCACAGAGCCGUCCCUCACCUGGUGCUGGGGAGGGGCCCGCCGGGGGGGGCCUGGCAUGCGAUGGAGGGCUCCAUGCUGACUCUGAGUCUGGCCAACUGGAUGGAGCUGCCUGGACUCAAGCUGAAGGACUGGAUGAGAGAGAAACGCAGAAAUGUCCGUAACGACCGCGCCACGCCGGCGGAGAUCGCCUCCUACUACCAGCACUACGUCUCCCAGAUGUCCCUGCAGCAGAGCUUCGCCUGCGGGACCACGGUUACCGCGGUGACCCGGCAGCCCGGCGGGCCGGACGGAGCGCCGCCCUGCUGGAGGGUGACGGGGCUGCAGCGCCGAGAGGGCGAGGAGCUGGGAGACGGCGUGGCGGGCUCCGAGGAGGAGGUUCCCUUCUCGCUGUCGGCCCAUAACGUGGUUCUGGCGACGGGGACCCACGACAUCCCGGCGCGGCUCGGCGUGGAGGGCGAGUCGCUGCCGUACGUCUGCCACUCCUUCUGGGAGCUGGAGGCCGCCAUCUCCCGCGGCGAGCUGGACCAGUCGUCCGACCCGGUGCUGGUGGUGGGGGCGGGGCUUACGGCGGCCGACGCCGUGCUGGCGGCGCACCACCUCAACACGCCCGUCUACCACGCCUUCAGGCGCUCCGUCAACGACCCGGGACUCAUCUUCAACCAGCUGCCCAAGAUGCUCUACCCAGAGUACCACAAGGUCCACCAGAUGAUGACUCAGCAGCAGUACCAGCCCAGCGCCCUGCAGACGGACCACGCCCACAACCUCAACGACCCCUCCUCCUCCCCUCCCUCCUCCCCCCCCUCCUCCUCCUACCCGGGUUACCUCAGCUUCCCGCGCUACAGAGUCGUGGCGUUCCGACCCGACAGGAAGUGCGUCCUGGAGUCGGACUCGGGCGGGCGGACGGUGGUCCAGGUCUCCAAGGCUCUGGUUCUGAUCGGCGCCCACCCCAACCUCUCCUUCCUGAGCGACAACGGGCGCCCGCUGGGCGUCUACGCCAAGGAGCCCAUCACCUGCCGCAGGAACCCGGUGGAGGUGGACCCCUUCACCAACAAGGUGGUGGCGGCGGACGGGCCGGGCAUGUACGCCAUGGGCCCGCUGGUCGGGGAGAACUUCGUCCGGUUCCUGAAAGGAGGAGCGCUCGCCAUCGCCAGCGACCUCGCCAAGACGCGGCGGGAGGGCGGAGCAGGGUUCCCCGCCACGGACAGGUUGGCCGACAGGUGGCUGGACAGACGGGUGACGGAGGCAGAGGUUGGCGCUCUGGACUCGUAGCGAAGCAGAGACUCUGAUCCAUCGAGAUGAAACACGCUGCAGGUUUCCCUCAAAUCAGAGAGUCGGGAAAUCAGACGCUGCUCAGUUGCUUCAACGUGUGAAACUAGC